UCCACGCAGUGGCAGCGACUAACUAAGUUUCCGUAAUUAUUGAAAACACAAAGGGCAUUUUCCCCAAAUUUUUCCCUUUCCAUUUCCCUUUGCAGGCACCUAUAAAUACAACACAACUUCAAAGUUCAAACUCCCAAUAAGCCAAAAUUUCACACUCCUCAAAUGACUUCCUCACUCCAUAGCCCACCAAUCACCACCACCACCACCGUCACGGCGGAAGACGGCGGCGCAACCGGUUUUCCCGAUUUGCAUCCGUAUAUCAUCGAAGCUCAUAUCCUCACUCGACUCGACGGACCAACUCUAGCUUCCACCAGCUGUUCCUCUGCCACUCUCCACCGCCUUUCAUCAGAAAACCACCUAUGGUCACGGGCAUGCCACUCCACUUGGCCGUCUACCGCCACUCCUCGUAUCAGCCACGUCAUCUCCACCUUCCCCGACGCCGGUCACCGUACCUUCUUCUCUCAGUCCUUCUCUCUCCCUUCCUCCGAGAAUAAGCAAAUUCACGAUUUAGAGUCAGUGAGUUUGACGUCGCUGAGAUCUACAAUCUAUAUAAUCCUUUCGAAUUUUUUCUCCGUGUGUUUGUUUGAUCGGAAUCGGAAACAGUGGAUUAUUCAACAGACAAAUUCAAUUGCAAACCGUUCAUCUUCACCGCCGGAAUUAAUAUCGGCCGUCGAUAUACACUACAAAAACAAAGCGAUUUUCAGUAACGUACAAGAGACUGAAACGACGUCGAGUUGGUUCCAAUCCUCGCCGUUCAGAAUCGACAUGAUAGAUCCAAAGGAGGUGAUUUCAACGCCAAUCAAACACCCGAGCGACGACGACACGUGUACGGAUCUGAUUGAACACAUGACGUUGAGUUGGAUUCUGAUUGAUCCGAUCGGCCGGCGAUCGAUAAACCUCUCCUCCUUCAAGUCUGUUUCCGUACAACGGCACUGGUUAACCGGUGAAGUGCAGGUACGUUUUACUUCAAUCCUGACCGUUGAUCAAAAGAGAGGUCACGUGCAGUGUGAGAUAGUGGUCACGUGCGGUGGAUCUGAGGUAGGAGAAAUGCAGGUGAGGGAAGUGAGUUUGGGAGUGGAGGACAUGGAUGGAACUCAUUUGAAUGGGAGGGAGAGUUUGGUAAUUUUACAAAAGGUAUUGGAGGGUAAAAGGGGAAAUGGAGCUAAUAGAGGUGAAAUAGGGAGGAAGAGGUAUAAAGAGUUUUUGGAAAUGAGAAGGGAAAGAAAAGAGAAGAAGUUGAGGAGAGAAGGGACAUUAGAUAGCUUAUGUGUUGCAUUUGGGAUAUCAAUUUUUGUGGCUUUUUGGUGUUUUCUAUUUUGUUUGAGUAGAUAAAAAAAGAGAAAAAUAAAAAAAUAUAUAUUUUAUAUAAUUUACAAAAAUACUUGUAAUUAUCAUUUAAGGGUAUAUAUCAUAUAUUUAUAAUGAGAUAAAAGAGAGAGAAAAUAGAAUAGUCUGGUGCACAAAAGAUAUCGUGUUAGUAGGGAUCGAGAAAGAAUU